AUGUUGAGGGUUGCGUCUAAGAGGCUUUCAUCUCUCUCAUGGAGGGCCAACCACGCCGCCUCCGCUUUCGUCUCUAAGACCCCCAUCGCACCACCGCCUUCUUCCUCCGAUGAUGAACGCAGAUCUGAUCCCUUUUCGAUCCAUCCCCAAUUCUUUCUUCCCUUCAGAGGUUUUGCUAGUGAGUCACUGGUCCAUGCUAAAGAAAACAGCAUUCUUCCUGACAUCCCUGCAACUGUUACAGCUGUUAAAAAUCCAUCUUCUAAGAUUGUAUAUGAUGAGCACAACCAUGAACGAUUUCCUCCUGGUGACCCAAGCAAGAGAGCAUUUGCAUACUUUGUCCUAACAGGUGGAAGGUUUGCUUAUGCUUCUGUUAUCCGUCUUCUUGUUCUCAAGCUUGUCCUCAGCAUGUCGGCAAGUAAGGAUGUUCUUGCUAUGGCUUCCCUUGAAGUUGAUCUUUCCAGCAUUGAGCCGGGCACUACUGUCACUGUUAAGUGGCGUGGAAAGCCAGUAUUCAUCAGGCGCAGAACAGACGACGAUGUGCAGUUGGCAAACAGUGUUGAUGUUGGAUCUCUUCGUGACCCUCAGCAAGAUUCUGAUAGAGUCAAGAACCCAGAAUGGCUUGUUGUGAUUGGUGUUUGCACACAUCUUGGUUGCAUUCCCUUGCCAAAUGCUGGGGACUUUGGCGGCUGGUUUUGCCCAUGCCAUGGAUCACAUUAUGAUAUUUCUGGCAGAAUUAGGAAGGGACCUGCACCAUACAAUCUGGAGGUACCAACUUAUUCAUUCUUGGAGGAUAACAAGUUGUUGAUCGGUUGA